CGCCUCGGUGACUGAUUUGAAGGCACAGAAAUACUUGAAAUGGGUACAAGAAGAUGGGUAUGAGUUGAAUCAACGAUUACAUGUCUCAAAGGCAAUGAAAUUGGUUGCCGAGAAUUUCAAGACAACCUAUUACUAUUAUGUUGCACUUGUGGAGGACGAUUUCCCGUUAUGUGAAGGCAAAUACUUACUGUUGUGA